AUGCCUCCCAUCGUGCGCAGAAACCGAGAAAGAAACCCAUUUCUUUCACAAAGAUAUCGAGGCGGCCAUAUUGAAUAUUAUGCACCGCCAGCCCAUAAGAAAAUGGAGGCCCGAAUGGAACAUUCAGAACCAAUAGGUUCCUCUUUCUAUUCAAGGCCAGUGCAUGCGGCAUUUGAUAUAUCGCCUCAAAAGAAAUACGAGCCACCCUUUUCUGAUGCAAGGGAUGUGGGUCGGCAUAAGCUUUCAACCGGUACUAUUAGAAAUAGGGCUUUUCCGCCAUUUUCAAUUGCCUCUACUGUCCCUCGCGAGACAGCAUUUGUUCGAGCCAAUCAAGUUGCAUCAUAUGGCCCUACCUCUCAUGUCUUUGGCUAUGGGUUUGGCAUCUUUUUUGCAUUUCUUAUUAUUGUGACUAUCGCUGAUUGGGCAAUUCAGCAUACUCGAUCAGACUUUACAAAAGAGUCCAAAAUUAGCUUUUGA